AACUGUAUCUAUUUCUUUCUAAUUACGCUGACGCAAAGUGGUUCUAUUCUAACAUCGCGCCUGCUUGCAUCUUGGUUUGUGUUCGCUUAUGCACAGUUUCGUUUGCACAAUUUCAGUGGAUUCCGUGGACAACCGUCGCAGUGCGUGUCGCGUGCCACAUCUGUAGUGCCACGCCCAUACCUGCCACCACGUGGCAAGUUGUCCAAGGGACUGCUGCCGCAACACACCUCGGCCUAGCUGUUGAAGUUUAAAAGAGAAACAAGAUGACCACAAGGGUCGGCCGUGCAUCGUGUGCCAUGGUGAUCACAGAGUGUACGACUGCCCAGCCUUUAAAAAGAUGUCAGUCGACGAGCGCUGGUCGCAGGCGUCACGUCUAAAGCUGUGCCAUGUCUGCCUCCGACCGGACCAUGAGACCCGUCAGUGCAAGCUGAACGGUUGCCGGGUAUGUAAGAGACGUCACAAUACAUACUUACACACCACACAAACACUCAACACUUCUCCACCUGGAGCCAGCACGGAACAAACAGCCGAACCUGCAAAUAGUGCUAGGUCGGAUGUGGCUUGCUCCUCGACUAUGCUAACCUCUGACAGUGCAGCGGUGCAAAACACCCUCACUGCUAGCACUUUAAUUAGUACCAGUGAGUCAUUGCUCUCAACAGCUCUAAUUGAAGUGAUCAACCCUAUUAACAACAAAAGGGAGACAGUUAAAUGUCUUGUAGACAGUUGUUCACAGUCUAAUUAUCUAUCUCAUAAUUUGAGACAAAAACUAAAUCUUGAUUGUCAGCCUCUAACUGCCUCAAAUGUGACAGGAAUAGGAAAUACGCCUCUGACCUAUCAACCUGUGCUUUGUGCAGCUCAUAUUCAAUCUAAACUCAGUGAUUUUAAUGCCAAAAUUGACUUUCUAGUUUUAGAUCAAGUAACUAGUCGCUUUCCACAAAACUAUGUAGACAUUAGUCACCUUAACUUACCUGCCUCUGUGCAGCUUGCUGACCCAACAUUUAACGUUCCAUCCCAAAUAGAUAUGCUGUUGGGAGUGGAAAUGUUUUGGACUAUUGUGACAGGUGCUGCAAAAAGAUUGCCAACGAGCAAGCGCACCUUCCUAAUCCCAUCUAAACUAGGGUGGUUAAUAGCGGGACCGGUAGAGGGAGCCUCGGCUCAUUUACAUACAGGGAACACGCGCAGCCACCUCUGUCUCUCUGAUCUGUCGGCCCAAAUGACCAAAUUUUGGGAAACAGAGGAGCUACCGUCUGAAACGGACUCCAUCAAAAAUGGGAGUGAGUUCGAGUCUCACCCUAUAAACCAACACUUUGUUGAAAACACUUACCGCCAAUCUGACGGCAGAUUCGUUGUGCGCUUGCCUUUAAAGGACUCGCCGGACUGCUUAGGCAACUCAUUUAACAUAGCUAAAAGGCGUUUAUUCAGUUUAGAGAAACGUUUUAGUAACCAACCUGAACUAAAAUCAAUGUAUGUUGAUUUCAUAAAUGAAUAUAGAGACUUAGGGCAUCUGUCGGAGUCUGAGCGAUGUUACAAAGCUAAUCACCUCCCGCAUCACCCUGUGAUGAAGGAGAGUGAAUCUACACGCAUGCGCACAGUCUUUCACGCUAGCUGUCCCACCUCUUCUGGGUAUUCAAUAAAUGAUAUUCAGCUUGUAGGCCCUAACAUACAAAGCCCACUGUUUGACAUAUUGCUUAGAUUCCGACAGUACAAGUAUGUGCUAUCUGGUGACAUAGAAAAACAGUACAGGCAAAUAAUGAUGAAUGAAAUAGAUAGAAACCUACAAGUUAUUCUAUGGCGCGAAGAUGAGCACUUACCCAUACGCUCACUAACUUUAAAUACCGUUACGUACGGCUUUGCUUCAUCGAGCUGGCUAGCAGCACGCUGUUUGUGGCAGUUAGGGGCUGAAAGCAAGGAUCCUUUAGUUAGGACUAUUAUACAAAAUGACUUUUACUGUGAUGACUUAUUAACGGGCGCAGACUCUGAAAUAGAGCUGCUUCGUAUACAAGCAGGUGUCUCACAGGCUUUAGCCUCUGGUUGUUUCAAUUUACGUAAAUACCGCUCGAAUUCUAACGCGCUAUUAAAGUCAGAUUAUAUUAAUAAAGAUGAUCACUUAGCAUUGAGUCAAGCUUGCCAAACACUUGGACUAGGGUGGCAACCUAGCCAAGAUGUACUAAACUUUUCCAUUAAAAAUGAUCAUUCUGAUAAAAUAGUUACAAAAAGAAAAAUCUUAUCUGAAACGUUCCAAGUCUUUGAUCCAUUAGGACUCUUAAGUCCAUGCACAGUUAAAGCUAAAAUAUUAAUUCAAACCUUAUGGAAAGAAGGCAAAGCUUGGGACGAGCCAGUCUCUCCUGAAAUACAGCAUAUCUGGCCACUCACGUCGCUGCCGGGCCCGCCGCUCGACGACCGCAACCCGCACCGCCUGGACCGCUACCUGAGGCUGGAGCAGCUACGGCAACACUUCUGGAAGCGCUGGUCGGCCGAGUACGUGUCUCUACAACAGCAACGCUAUAAAUGGCGCGAGAGGCAACGUGAUCUACAGCUGGGAGAAGUAGUACUCAUCAAGGAGGAGGGCUUGCCGCCGCUACUCUGGCGCAUGGGCAGAGUCGUCAAACUAUACCACGGGAAGGAUGGCGUACCUCGCGUGGCUGACAUCAAUACCGCUAGAGGGGUGAUCAAGCGUGCGCUGAACAGAAUAUGCCCGCUCUCGUCACAACAAGAAUCCUGA